CUCGCGGUUUCAUCUCAAAUCCCAUUUGCUAUUGUACUUGUCCAAUAGCAGGGACCGAGCGCAUUUUAACUCGGGUGGCAUCUUUUUUAUUUCAUCAUUGCAAUCCAGCGCAAGUUUGACGCAGUGAUCUCUCUCUCUCUCUCUCUCUCUCUCUCUCUCUCUCUCUCUCUCUCUCUCUCCCUUAGUUUGGACCUAAAACGAGCAUCUUCUUCAGGAGUUUUCUUUCGCCCUAGAUACGUUUUCAUGGUCGAUCCGGACAUCGGACAGUGAACGGUGAUGGCAGACUCUGAUGCUCAAGAGACUCGCCAACAUGCAAAAGACUCGCCGUUCUCCAUAAAGAACCUGCUGAACAUCGAAGACAAACCCGCCAAGCCGAAAAGCUUCCUCGGCUCGUCCAAAGGAGUGUUUGAAGGGAGCUUCAUCUCUCGGCUCGGUGACUUGUCUUUCCCUCGAUUUGAGUUGCCCACACAGAGAAUUGGACUAUCAGCGCAGUAUUUGGAGAGAGCGUCCACCUGGUGGUACCCAUACACGCUCGGGACGCAUCUGAGGACUGGAGCAGGGUCUGAGAAGGCCAACGCGAGGGAAGCAUCGCCGACACCGGACAGGCGCUCCCCGGAUCUCCCAAAAAGCGACCACGAUGCCAAAGAUGAAAGCGCCGACGAUGAUAUCGCGCUGGAUGAAAGUGACUCGGAGGAGCCGAAGAAAGAAAUAGACCAAGAGGACGACUGGAGGAGGAAAACCGGCGAGCUGGACCCCGACAGCAAGCCCUGUCGGAAGAAGAAGACCCGCACGGUGUUUUCCAGAAGUCAGGUGUUCCAGCUGGAGUCCACCUUCGACAUAAAGCGCUACCUGAGCAGCUCGGAGAGGGCCGGCCUGGCCGCAUCGCUGCACCUGACGGAGACACAGGUGAAAAUCUGGUUUCAGAAUCGGAGGAAUAAGUGGAAACGGCAGCUGGCCGCGGAGCUGGAGGCGGCCAACCUGAGCCACGCGGCGGCGCAGAGGAUUGUGCGGGUUCCCAUACUUUACCACGAGAGCGGAGCCACAGAAACGGCCGGGGGCCCCGCUGCAGCGUCACCGGGCAGCCAGUCACUGCUGGCUUUCCCCCACCACAUGUACUAUUCCCACCCGGUCCCACUGCUGAGGCACGUUUAACACGGACUGCGUCGUCUGUACAUAUGUUUUUAAAUGAGGGUGACUUUCAUUGGAGAGAAAUACAUUUUGUAGAUUUUGUAGAUUCUUCGGACACAAUAGGGUCAUCAUAUUAUUAUUAACAUUAUUAUAAUUUCCCAUGUAAUCAUCAUGUAUCCUGCUGAAGCGUCGUUGAGCAAGUCCAUAUUGCAGUUACUAUUGGUGUUAUUAUUAUUGUCAUUUUUAUUAUUAUUAUUACGUGGCAUUACUAUUAUUAUUGGUGAAAAUGUUAGAGGCUCAACAGUGAGUGAAGAUAAUAUAAUGUGUAUUUAAAAAAAAUACUUGUUUUUAAACCGGAUUGACUGUCCUUAAGUAUUUUAAAGACAUUUGUGUCAGUGUGUAGGAAACAUGUUAAAUGUAUUAUUUUUAUAUUUUACAAUAUUGUGCAAUAAGUUGGCUUCACAUCAAGCUGCCACCCUUUGUAACCAGAAAAAUGUUUCUCUUUGUAUCAGUUCAGACAAUCAUGUGAUCCAGAAAAUCCCGAAAAACUGCAGGUGAUUGGCAUUUGUUUUUAUGACGUGUUUUGUCGGUUAAUUGAAAGCCAUGCAAAGAGCCAAAACAUAACCUCUGUUUUUGUGUUUUUCUCUUAUAUUGUUAUUGCAAUGGUGUCAAUUAUAUGUUCUAACACUGAGUAAAAAUUCUGUUCCCAAAGAAAAUGUAUUUUUAUCCGUAAGAGAAUGAUGAUGUACAUGGCAAUUAAGUCGUGCGAUUAAGAUCUUGAUUUGCAAACAUUUGUGAGCACCGAGGGGUCUUUUUUACCUAUAUUCGUCCGCUUAUUUUUAAACUUGGCAUAAAAACACAUGUCUGCAGAGAUGAUCGGGGUUUCCAAAAUAAAAUA